UUUAUAAUUAAUUCUUAUUUUAUUUUAAAAAAAAUUAUAAAAAUAUAUACAUAUCUACAAAAAUUACUUAUUCAUGAUUAUUAAUUGUAAAAUAAAAUAUUUUUAAUAAAUUUAUUUCUUAUGUGAAAAUUUGAAAUGGGAUAAGAAAUAUAUUUUUUUUGCAAAAAUUUUCAAAUUAAUAGAAUUUAUAUAAUAAUUUAAUAUAUAAGAAUUUAUAUAAAAUUUUAUCGUAUUUUGCAAUUAUUUUAUACAACAUACAUUAUAUCAUUAUUAAUAAUUAUUCAAAAAUUAUUCGUAAAUAAAUAUAUAACCUCACUUAUAUAUAAUUGCUCAUUACAUAUCACAUGAUGCACUAUUCACUAUUUUGAAUUAUCUUUUCCCACAUAUCACAAAUGAUCUUUUUAUUAUCGUUAUUUGAAAUAUAGAUCCCUAUAUAAUAUGGCGAUGCGUAUAACUUAUAUAUAAUCUACGUUUAUAUGACACUGAAUAAGUUUGACAAGAAAUUUUAUAAAAAGAAAAUGUAAAUUUGAUUAAUUAUUUAAUAGACUAUAUACAAUAAAAAAAUAGAAAUGUCUAUUGAUUAAGAUUUUAUAUUUCCAAAUAAAAUCAUAAAUCCAUAUUAUCGAAUUUAGUAAUUUAGUAAUUUUAUGAUUAUUGCAAUUUAUUAAUAUAAAAGACAAUCUAAUAAAUUUAAUAUUAUAAUAAAUCUAAAAAAUAAUUCAUUGAUAGAAAAAAAAUAUUACUAACUAUGAUAUAUUAUUAUAUGAUAUAUAAUUAUAUAUAUAAUUAUGAACCAAUCACAUUGUUCAUCAAUUAUAAAAUAUAUUGAAAAGUUGCAAUGAAUUUACAGAAAUCAAUUCAAUAUGAACUGGACUUUAUAUAAAUCUAAAAUACAAUUCGAGAUUUCUAAAGUAUUGAAAAAUCACUGGAUAUAUUUGUUGAAGUAUAAGAGAUCUAGCGACAUGGAAGAACUCGUGCUCAUCAAAACUGAUAGAACAAGUGUCUGUGUACAAGAUGGCGACGCCCGGGGCCUUAACUGUCGUGAAAAUCGCCAGGAAGUAGUCCGUAAACGGAAGCUGUGCGGUGUCGCAGCGAGCCGCGGAUCCCCGCUCCAAAGGAUGUGAUCCGAGGAAGAAGAAGAAGAAGGCCGAGUCCGGGCCAGAGGAGCCUUUUUCUACUAUCACGAGGAAAUCCGGAUUAUCCUCGGGCCAGUAUUGUGAUCUUCUUCGUGGCCAUGCCGACGAUGGAGUCCAGGGAACGCUACCAAGAACUCUGCAGACUUUGCGCAUCCUACGACGCCGUCAAAAUGGACAUCUUCGGUCAAGAAGGCAAAAACAGACAGCUCGUUGACAAGAUACAAGCUUGUUUGCCAUUUAAGAUUGCAGAAGAUGAUCGAUUACCAAAAUGCCUUUGUUAUCGGUGUAUGUACAAUUUGGAAAAUUUCUAUGAUUUUAGAACAGCAUGUGUUAAUGCAGUGGCUCUAUUGGAAAGGUGUUUGUCACCUUCAGAAUCGAAUGAAGAUGUUACAACUUUAACAUGUUUUAAUGAGUCAGAAUUCUUUAAAGGAAGAAAAAGUAUACCAGUGUUGAUUCCAGAAGCUCCUAUUGUAAAUCCAAAUGCUGCCUUAGGCACACCUCCUAGAUUAAAUUCUGAUGGUGAAGCUGAUCAUGACACUGAAGAAAUUGUUGAUAACAGUGGUACAGAUGAAGCAACAAUAGUAGAUGAUUCUGAAGAUCGUCAUUCAAUAGAAUAUGAAAUGGAUAUGGAAACAAAUCCAAGUGAUUUUUUAGAAAUGACCUCAAUAGUUACAGAAGAACCUGAUGAAUCAGAAUUAAGACAUCAAGAAAUUUCCAAUAAUUUACCAGAGCAUACAUCUCAGCAACAUGAAGUUUAUGUUUGUUCCUUGUGCAGUAAAGCAUUUAGUUCAAAAGGUCAUUUGUCUUUACAUGCACGCAUUCAUGUUGGUGCUGGUGAUGUGAUUGGUGAAAAAGUUCUUACAGAUGAUCAUACAUCUUAUAAAAGACCUUAUCAAUGUGAUCUUUGUCAUAAAUCAUAUUCUACCGCAAAACAUCGUUGGGGUCAUGUUUCAACAAGUCAUAGAGGUCAUCCUGCAGUGACAUGUGGUUAUUGUUCACGGAUCUAUUCUACUCGAACAAAUUUAGAAGAACAUAUAAAAUCACGUCAUGCUGGUCUUCCAGCAUCUACAGAAAUUCCAGUAAACAAUGUUUAUCAUUCAGAAAAUAGAUAUCAGUGUAAUGCUUGUGGAAAGAUUUGUAUGGAUGCCAUGGAAUUGAAUCUUCAUGGCAGAAUUUGUUCUGAAGGACAAAGAUUAGAUUUUCCAGGAAAAAUCGGGAUUACAGAUAAUAAAGUUAUGGAUAGUUCUGAAGCUUCGAGUAUCGGAAGUGAUGAUGAUAGCAAAGAUUAUAGAAAUGCAGAAGCUAAAUUAGCAAAAAAUCCUCAGUUAACUAUUUUAAAACAAGCAUUAACAAAAGGAGAUAGUCUUAAACGAGAUUUUGAAGACAAAUUUACAACAAAUAGCAAACCAAAAAAAUUACCAAAAAUAGAGCAUAUUAAUAUUCAAAAUAAAAAAUGGUAUUGUGAAUCUUGUCCUCAGUAUUUUACUUCAAUUGAGGAUUUAAAAGAACACGAAGCAAUACAUGAUGCUGAUAAGCCAUUUGUUUGUAUUUUAUGUAAAAAAGAUUUUGUCCUUAAGUCUUCCUUAAGUAGACAUAUUCAAACUUUGCAUGGUGUUGAUCCAUGUCCUAUAAUAGAAAGUGAUAAAUGUCUAAAGAAAAUUGUUUUACAAAAUUGGAAUGAAUCUAUGGACUUCGAUUCAUAUGAGCGCAAGAUCUCUUCUGAAUUUCCGUUUUCUCCAGAGAUGAAUGCAGAAAAUGAAGAAGAUCAUGAGAGUGGACAUGAAAAUCUCAUUGAAAUUGAAACUGUAUUUGUUUGUGAAAUUUGUACUCGCGAUUUUAAUGAUCGUGCAUCUCUUUGGCUUCAUAUCCGUGCUACUCACAAAGAAUUUGCAGCAUUUGCAUGUGGUGUUUGCUUAAAAAUUUGUUCAGACAAUACACAACUCUUAAAUCAUGUUAAUAUGUAUCAUGGUGGUUCAAAAUUGUUACUUUCUGAACAAAGAAGAUAUAGUUGUACUAUUUGUGGUAGACAACAUGAUUCUAGAAAAAAAUUAAUUGCACAUGUGUCUAUACAUAAUAUGGAUCCAAAUUAUGAUCCUGCAACUUUUGUUCAAUUGAAUAGUAAUUAUUAUGGAGAAAAUAUUAAUGGUAAUGAAACUACAGAACAAAUGCUAGAUUAUGAAGAAGAUGGAGAUAAAGUAGAUUGUUACAUUUGCUAUAAAUCAUUUCCUAAUGAAGAUCAUUUGAUACGACAUCAAAGAAAUGCACAUAGAUCAGAACAACUAGUACCCACAGGGGAUUCUUUAAAUUCAUCGAAUUUAAAUAGCAAUGGAAAUAGAGCUCAAUAUCAUCUCUUUUUUGUUUGUGAACUUUGUGGAAGUUCACAUCCUAGUAAAUGGGAACGUUGGUUACAUGUUAGCUCUUCACAUAAUAAUGAAUUAGCAAUAAAAUGUGAUCGUGAAGAUUGUGGUAAAAUUUUUGCUACAAAAUCUCUUAGAAAUGAACAUGUUCAACAUCAUGCAAUUCAAGGCUCAUCCCCAAAUACUUGUGAAAUUUGUGGUAAACUUUGGGGUAGUAGAGUUGAUUAUUGGAAACAUGUUAUGGGCGUUCAUUCGGAUACUGUUCCAUUAAUUUGUGGUGUUUGUUUAAAAGUGUUUCCCAAUGUUUUACAAUUAAGCACUCAUGUAAGAUCAAAACAUUGGCCAUUAACAAAUGGUGAUUUUAGUUGUGACAUUUGUGGCAGACCAUAUUCAAAUAAAUCUAAAAUGUCUAGACAUAGAAAAAUCCACGGUUUUGAAGAAAAUUGUGAUAAUGGAGUAGAAAAUAAUAGUGAAAAUAAAGUAGAUGGACGAAUAAGAGAAACUGAUUUAAGUUGUGAACUUUGUGCAGAUUUGAAAUUUACUAAUUUAGAGAAGUUAUGUAAUCAUAGACGAAUUAUUCAUGGACUUUUCCCUUGUGAUCUUUGUAAUAAAUGUUACGGAAGAACAUCACAUUUAUGGAAACAUGUAAACAGAGUCCAUAAAGGUCAUGAAGAUGUAACUUGUCCUUAUUGUUUGAAAACUAGUGCUUCAAAAGAUCAUUUAGCAGCACAUAUCUCAAAAAUUCAUAGAUAUGAACCUGAUUCUAGAAAAGAUGGAAAAGAUAAUAGACAAUUUAAAACUGAAGAAGUUAGCUUACAUUAUUGUGAAAAAUGUAAUAAAGGAUUUCAUAAACGGUAUCUUUUACGUAGACACAUGAAAGGAUGUCAAAAUUAUAGAAAAGAUCCAGGUGCAUUGUUAACAAGAUGUAGGGCUUGUGAAAGAAUAUUUAAAGAUCGUGCUAGUUUACAAAAACAUAUUGAAAAUCAUCAUAGUACAUACACAUGUCAUCUUUGCAAUGAAACAAUUACCUCAAAAUUAGGAAUUAUGACACAUAAUAGAGUGAAACAUAUGGAUCAUCCAGAUUUAACUUGCAAUUUUGGAUCUUGUAGAAAAUUAUUUAGAACAAAAGAAGAUUUAGAAACUCAUAGAAAAGAUCAUAGAUAUCAUACUACUCCUAAUGUAUGUGAUUUUUGUGGUGAUACUGUUGAAAAUAAACUAAAAUUGAAAAUGCAUGUAUUAUCUCUUCAUCGUAAUGAAAUUGGUGUAUCUUGUGGAGUAUGCUUAAUUCCGAUGAAAGAUCCAAAAGAACUUAAAAAUCAUGUAGAAGAAGUUCAUUCCAGUGUUCUUUUAAGGCCUAACACAUGCCAAGUUUGUGGAAAACAAUAUGCUUCAAAAUGGAAAGCCUUUGAUCAUACUAAAAAAUGUCAUGGAAAAGUAUUUAGGACUUGUAAACAAUGUUUAGCUGUUUUUACUGAAGAUUCAACAAUUAGAGAUCAUUAUGAAAGAAUACAUAAUAUUCCCAAAGAUCAACUUGCUGCAUUUGAACACAGAUUAGACAUUGGCUCAAAAAAUGAAGAUUUUGAGAUAGAAUCUCCUGAUAUAAUAAUUAAAGAAGAACCAGAAGAUUUGGAAUAUGAUGUAGAUAUAUGUGAUGAGGAUUCUAAUGAUUCAAAAAGAAGAAGAUCCUUAACUGAUACUUAUGAUUGUGAAAUGUGUCCAGAAAUGUUUGUAAAUAGUGAUGGUCUUUCGAAACAUUAUCGAAAUAUGCAUAAUACAGAUCCAGAAAGAAUGUUUAAAAAAUUAAAACAAGAUGAACAAAGAAAAAUGCGCGGGAAAAUGAAUUUCUUUUGUAAAAGCUGUAGAAGACAAUUUUGUACAAAAACAUUAUAUUGGAAUCAUAUUGCAACUUGUAAAAAAAAUAUACAAAAGGAAGAAGAAUUGUUAACUUCAAGAAAUGAUAUAUUAAGUAAUCAAGAACAUUUGAAAAAUAAUAAUGAAAUUAAAAAAGAAGAACCUACAUCAAAUUUAAAUAUUCCUGAUUUUAAUCUCUUUGAAGAUAUAAAUCUUCAGCUCUGUGGUCAGAAACCUCUUCCAAAUCUUAUGCCACUUUCUCAAAGGACAAAAUCUUCAAUAAAAUGUUCAAGAAAAGAUUCUAGAAAAGUUUAUGAUGAAUCAACAAAUACGGAAUGUGCUUGUGAAGUGUGUGGAAAACAAUGGCCAGCAAAAAAACAUUUAUGGCAACAUCUAAUUCGUUUUCAUCGUGCAGAAGCAGCAGUCACUUGUGGAGUAUGUCUGAAACUUUGCAAAGAUUAUGAUAAUUUAGCAGAACAUUUGAAAGCUGCACAUGAAGCAAUCCUUUCAACUGAAGGAAACAAUUUUACAUGUAAAAUUUGUGGCAGAUAUCAUAAUGCACGGAGUAAAUUGUUAUUACAUACAAGUAUUCAUAUUGGUCAUGCGGGUACUAGCACUUGGUGUUCAAAAUGUCGAAAAAAUAUUACUGAUGAAGCUACACAUCCAAAUAUAUGUACUGGAAAAACAGAAGAAGAACAAUUAAAAAACAAUGAGAAAAUAGAAGGAAGUUUGAUAGCGGAUGAUGCGAUGAUUGAAGAAGUAGAAGGAGAUUAUGAAUCUGAAGCAGAAGAAGAAGCAGAUACAGAAGAAUCCGAAAGUGAUAGUAGUACUGAAGCUGAAGAAGAAAAUGAAUCGGAGGAUGAAUCUAGAGCAACUGGUGAAAUUACUUACAAUACAGAAAGCGAAGAUUCAGAAGAACUAGAUAAUUUGGAAAUUGAUGGAAAAAAUUUACAAAAUUAUACUUUAGAACAUAUUCAAGAAGCUAAAAACAUAGAUGCAGAAAAAGGUCAUGCAAGUUUAUCAGAUGAUGAUGAACCUCCAGUUCUCAGUCCAAUAAUGCCUUUGAUUUCUGAAAAUAUAUCUAUAGAACAAUCAAUAGGUCAUAAACUUGGUUCUAUAGUGCCUUUAACUGGUAAAGGAAUAGAAAUAUGCAAUUUAUCAGAGAUUCAAAAUCGAUGUUCUCCAAAAUCUAUGAAUUUAUAUGAAAAACAUUUAUCUAAAAAUAAAUCUUUAGAACUUGAAUCUGAAACAUUUGUAAAUCGUAGUGAUGAAGAUUUUGAAGAUACAAAAAAUGAAUUUGAUGAAAAUUCUACUGAAGAAAAUGAAGAAGAAAACGAAAAUAAUGAAGAGAUUGAAGAAAAUGAUGAUAUUGAGUUAAAUGAAGAGAUAGAAGAAACUGAAGAUAAUAGAGACAUUGAAAAAAAUGAGAACAGUGAACAAAUAGAAGAAAAUGCUGAUAUUGAAGAAAUAGAAGAGAAUGAAAGAAAUGAUAUUGAAGAAAUGAUAGAAAAUGAAGAAAUUGGAGAUAUUGAAGAAAUGGAAGACAAUGAAAGAAAUGAAGAAAUUGAAGAAUCAGAAGAGCAAGAAGGAAAUGAAGAAAUUGAAGAAACAGAAGAAGAGGAAGAAAAUGAAGAAAUUGAAGACAGAGAGGAAAAUAUGCAAUUGGAUGAUCUGGAAGGAGCUGUUCUGAUGGUAGCCAAUGGAGAUCAAAUAUUAAUUCAACAAGAAAUAUUGGAAGAUGAAAAUGAAAAUUCAAAUCAAGAAUAUGUUUAUUCUGCACUUAGAUAUAGUACAGAAGAGGACAGUGAUAGUGAAAGGAAAUGAGUGCCAAAUUGAGAUUAAAUUUGAAGAAAUGGUAAAUAAAGUUGAACAUUAUUUGUAGAUUAAAGAAUACGUGGAAAUGAUUUCAAUGAAAACAUAACAUUUGUUGAAAAUUAAAUUGAACAAAUAUUUAAAAUCUAAUUCUAAAAUAAUAAAUGUUAAAUGUUUAUAAAAUUAUUUAUAAAAUAGAAUAUUGUAUUUAUGGUGCUAAGUAAAACAUUACAUAUUUUUUUUUUUUUUAAUUAUUGAGCAAAUUUUCUAUGUUUAAAUAACAAAUUCUAGUAUGAUUAAUAAAUAAAAAGUAAAAACUUUAUAUUAAAAAAACUUUUUCAUAUUAUAUGUUUUGUAAAAAUUCUUUUAAUGAAAUUUUUCUUAAUAUCACUUGAAACAUGUCCAUGUAUUCCUUAAAAUUAUCAAAGUAAUUACAAUUUGUAUUACUUUCUGUAUAAAAAAUACAAAUGAAUUAUUACGUACAUAAUUUGUACCUUGAAAUUUACUGAAAUUCAUAUUAAUGACACCAUUUGUAAAUAAUUUAGAUUAAUUAAUUUUAUGAAAAUAGCUUUCAUAAAUCUUAUAAAUCAUAUAAAUACAUUUGAAAAUAAAAUUCUUAAGAGUUUUUUAAAGUAUUUUUUGGAAGUAUUAAAAAUAACUAUCAAUAAUGAUUUUUAAUGUCUGAUAUUAAUUUUAUUUUCAGAAAAUCACUGUUAACUUAGUGUUCAUUUACUUGAAAUAUUUGAAAUCAAUUCUCAAAUGUAUUUGUAUACUUAUGACAAUAGACAGUUUUUUUAUUACGUCAAAAGUAUAAAGAAAGAUAAUAUUAAAAGAAAUGAUUUUAAUUUAUUGAGCAAAUUAUUACAAGUUCAAAAUUUAUAUAAUAAAUAAAAUAGGAUUGAAAUAGCUUAAAAAUGAUAUGUAAACUAUAAAUUAAUAUGAUGUAAUAAACGAACUGUACCUAUCUUGCUUUUAAAUAACUUAUUUAAGUUUGUAUUGUAUUUAGUUUUAAUUUCAGAUAUAAUAAGUUAGAUUUUGAAUUCAUUUUUAGGUAAUUCGAUCGGUAUCGAUAUUCAGCAUUCAAAAUUUUUCUUAUGCUAAAUCUCAAACAAAAGAAAUAGUACAAAUAUAGCAAUAUACAGAGUUUAUAUUAAUAUUAAAUAAACAAUAAUUAUUAAAAUUAAAAAACUAUUUGAAAUUAUACUAAAUUAUAAUGUAUUUUUUAUACUUAAAUGAAUAUAAAAUACUGUAUGUGUUAAGCUGUUAUAUAUAUAUAUAUAUCUAUGUUCUAUUAUUAUUAUUAUUAUUACUACUACUACUACUGCUACUACUACUGCUACUACUCUGCUACUACUACUGCUACUACUACUGCUACCAUUACUGCUACUACUACUGCUACCAUUACUGCUACUACUACUGCUAGUACUACUACUACUACUAUUACUAUUACUAUUACUAUUAUUAUUAUUAUUAUUAUUAUUAUUAUUAUUAUUAUUAUUAUUAUUAUUAAUAUUAUUAAUAUUAUUAUUAUUAUUAUUAUUAUUAUUAUUAUUAUUAUUAUUAUUAUUAUUAUUAUUAUUAUUAUUAUUAUUAUUUAUCAUUAUCACCAUCAUCAUCAUCAUCAUUAUUAUUAUUAUCAUUAUCAUUAUUAUUAUCAUUAUUAUCAUUAUCAUCAUCAUCAUCGUUAUUGUUAUAAUAAUAAUUAUUAUUAUUAAUCUAUAAUAUAAACAUUAUUAUUAUUUCGGUAUUAUAUUAAUAUCGAUUCGAUUGAAUGCACCACAAACACAAUUUCAAAAUCGACAAAUCAAGAAAUUGAAACAAUUUAGUGUAUAUAGUAGAUGUGUAAGUGAUUUCGUGUACAGUUAUGUUAUAUUAUAUGAAAAAAAUGCAUACUGAUAUAUGUACAUGAAGGAAGCAUGAAUAUCAUAUAAUAGAAAGAAAAUCAGCUUCUAUUACUUUUUUUAUCAUUGUAUCUUUAAGGAGAAACUGAUAACCAAUUCUAUUUUUUAAUAAAACAUAUAAUAGUCUAUAUCAACGAAAGAAAAUCUUUAGUAAUAAUCGAGUAAACUGUUUUCUAAACAUAUUAAAAAUUUUAUUACAAUUAUUCCAUUUAUUUUAUAUUUUCUCAGUUUCUCUAAAUGAUAUCAUUACACUUUAGAAACUUAGUGUAAUGAUAAUUAUACACUUAGAAUUUAUAUAUAGUUUAGCUUUAUUACGAUUUCUUUUUUUAAUCAAAUUAGUUUCGUUUGAAUUAUUCAUUAUUCUUCAUUAUUCAUUAUCAAUAAAUCCAUUAAAAUAAUAACAAAAUAAAAAUUAAUUUUUCAUUUUUUAUUAAAUAGUUGGUAACAUAUCGUUUAAUUCUCGUUUAAUAUUUUUUCUUUUCUUGUUCUUUCUUUUUUCUUUUUUUGUUUUGUUUAUUAUUUAUUGGGGCAUUCGCUUCCUUUGCAGCGUGUUAGUUUAUAAGAAACAAAAAUGGCAAUGCGCAUUUAACGUUUGUAAUGAUUAUAAUAAAAAUUACUAAGUUGAUUAA